UUUUCUGUUUUGGAUGGUGGAGGAGGCAGAAGUAUUGUGGACACAUUAAGAUCACUUUCUCGAAGUAUUCUCAUAAUCAUCCCAAGAUUCGUUGAGGCGAGAUGCUCUCUGAGGAAGGAGGGUUAUAGGGAUCUUGGCUCUUAUGUGAAAGCUUGUCUUUUCAGCCUCGGUGAGUUCCUCAAGACUUCUCCAGCAGUGUGCUUCGCCAUAGUUAUUGAGAUGAGCAGCCCCGUAGAGGAACACUCAUUAGCGAAAGCUGCGAAACUUACUGAAAAUCUUUACCACACCCGAGACACCUAUUUCCCGGAAAAUCAAGAUGACAAGAUCUCCAAAUUGCGAGAACAAUCCGAUCUUGCUCUGAAAUUCCUCGAUUCUAUAUCUCCAGAGGAGAGGAAGUCACCUAUGCAACGUGCAACAUUUGAGUAUUUGAGAGGGAAGAUAUUGGAUGUAUGUCCUGACUAUAACAAAGAAGCAGAGGAGCAUCUAUCAAAAGCUGUUAAGCUAAACCCAUCUCUUGCAGAUGCUUGGCUAUGUUUAGGUAACUGCAUUUGGAAGAAAGGAGAUCUAUCUGCUGCUAAAAACUGCCUUAGUCUUGCAUUAAGCAAGGGUCGUGACAAGAAUAUUCUUUGUCAAUUAUCAAUGCUUAAAAGAAAAAUGUCACAAGGUGCUGAGAAUCAAGCAGAACUUGUUGAGGAAAGCAUUCAACACGCCAAAGAAGCUAUCACUGUGGAUGUCAAGGAUGGUUAUUCUUGGUAUAAUCUUGGAAACGCAUGCCUUACUAGUUUUUUUGUUUCUGGAGCUUGGGAUCAUAGCAAACUUCAACAUUCUGUAAAAGCAUAUCAAAAUGCUGAGAAAGAUGAAAGAAUGAAGUCCAAUCCAGAUCUAUAUUUUAAUAGUGCCAUUGUUAAUAGAUAUCUAGAGAAUUAUGAGAGGGCCCUCAGUGGGUUUGAGGCUGCUGCCUUAAAGGAUCCAAGUCUAAAUGCUGCUGCAGAGGUUCAGAAGAUAGUAAGCCUGCUUGACAAGUUGGACUAUCUUAUGAGGGGGGGGCAUUUGAAAGCUAAGCGAAUGGCAAGUUUGGCCUCAUCUUUAGCUGCUGUUAAUUUGAAUCCACCAUACAAUAGAGCUACUACAGACGGUAUGUUGGAGGGUCUGAACAGAGCAGUAGCCAUAGACGGGAAGGUAUUAUUCUUUGUUACGCAUGACACUGUUGCUCCCCUAUACUAUUUGCUUUCUGAUUCAAACCAAAAUUGCUUUGUUCUUACUGUUUAUGGCAUGCGUAUAGAUGUGAUCAAGGAAAGAGAUCAGCUAACGCUGCUUGAUCCAUAUUUCCGUCAGGUUGAUUUUUCGUGGAAGGAGAAGCAUUACCAAUUCAAGUCUAUACGAGUGGACUUCCCUGAACAAGUACUUGUGAAUGGAAAAGCUGUGACCCCUCAACAAGUUGUUCGUUCGUCGAUACAUGCACAGCACAAACCUUGACGGGACUCAUUACCAGGAGCUUUGCUUCUAUGGCUGUUUGUGGUUAGUUUGGAAUGGUGUAUAUUUCUGUUGUAAAUGCAUUUAGGUGGUGUAUUUACGGGGGGAAUUUUUGUCCCAGCUUGUGGAUUGAUGUUACUAUGGAGGGAAGUUCGGUUUUGGUUUUCAUCUUAUGUAUUUACAGUAAUUUUUUUGUUUUUAAUUUUUUGGGGGAUUUUGGCCAUCACCUGAACAAAGUAUUUGGAGGGCAGCUUUUACUUGACUACCUCACCAGCUUGUGCAUUUUAUUGUGGAUAAAGCUUGUAUGUAAAUUCCGAGACUGUAGUGCUUGACAUAGAAAAGAUUUUUUUAAGGAAAUAUUUAUGCUUUGUAAUUAUUAUUUAAUAA